ACGCAAUCAGAUCAAUUUAACUCCCAAGCUAAAAGAAGAAAAUUGUUCUUGAAACUUGAGUAGCAUAUUCCUGCCGAACACUGUUUAUGCUUAGCUUAUGAUGAUGUAUUUGACAGUCUAAAAUACGAAUUCUCAUUAUUGUUUACACGCUUUUAUGAGAACAUGACCUCAGCUGUGUUUGCCUUGAUUCUUGAAACUGGGAGUCUCUGAAGUCAUACACAGACGCAAUCAUGGAGGGUGCGUACGGUGUCGGUAAAGCUGGAGCUGCGUUCGAUCCUAUAACGUUCGUUCAAAGACCUCAAGUAAUAUUAAGAGCCGUUUGUUGGCUGUUUUCUAUCAUCAUCUUUGGUUGCAUCUCAUCACAAGGUUGGACUAACAAUGAGAAAGGCAAUGAGGUCUGCCUCUACAAUGGAGAUGGCAAUGCUUGCAAUUAUGGAACUGGCAUCUCAGUUAUUGCUUUCUUGGCUUGCAUUGGCUUCCUGGUUGGAGAAUUUCUCUUCGAACAAAUGUCUUCCAUCAAGACCCGCAAGCGCUAUGUCUUGGCUGACCUUGGCUUCUCAAGCUUCUGGUCACUGCUGUACUUCAUUGGUUUCUGCUACCUCACCAACCAGUGGAGCAAGUCUGAUGCACCUCCUGGUAACAUAGGCGUCAGCAACAUGCAGGCUGCCAUAGCCUUUUGCUUCUUCUCUAUCUUCACUUGGGCUGGUCUGGGUUACCUCGCUUUCUUGCGGUUCAAGCAAGGCUCUGCUCAGGCAUUUGCCCCCAGCUAUGAAGUGGACCCUAACGCUGCUGUGGCUGCGGCAGAGAGUGGCUAUACAAGCUACCCUGAUGCUACAGACCCUCAGGGUGGCUAUGCUCAACCACCUUUUGGGGGGCUCCAACAAAUUGACCCUCAACAACAGCAGCAGCAACCCUACUAAGGCGGCGCCCUCCCUGCAUUGCGGUGCGCCACUUGAAAACCUGGCCUCUUCAUUGGCCUCUGCCUUCAGGCGUCAUUGAUGUUCGGCAUUUGAGCGACCAUGCAGCACGUCAGUCGCUUAAUGCGCAACUAAAGCAUUAGCAGUGGCACAUAUACUUCUCGUCGUCUUGUAAAAGUUCUCCAUAGUUACAAUAAUAUAACCUAUUGGUACAAUAGUCUCGAACAUACCCUUCAAUUCUAGUCCAAUGAUUCAGCAGAAAUUUAUUUUUGAGGACCAAUCACCUGUCUGCUCUAAUGCCCCGUCAGAAUAGUGCUUGAUGUGUGCUUUUUUUAGGUACUCUUAUUCAUUUUACAAACUGUUGCGUAGUAUGUUGGAUAUCUUGCUUCCCUUAUGUACUAGUGUCAUUCGUACCUUGAAGGCAUACCGUAUAUCUCAGUCCCGAGAAAUGAACUUCAAGUUAUCUCAUGAACCAUGUAGUGAUUGAUGUACAAUUUUCAUGAUUGCAACAAAUACCACCUAUGAUAAAAUACUGUUGUACUAUUCAAUCUCUGUACAUUUUAAUAUUGAUAUUCAAUCCUCUGCAUUUCCGGUAUCAUAUAUAAUCAAUUAAAAAAAGGAUUUACCUAACAUUUGCGAGCUGCUCACAAAGUGAUUGAUGGAAAGCAAGAAGAAAUUGUUUGCGCCAGUGUCCCGUGUAGAUAAUUUGUUCACGAUGUAUUUCCUACCACGUUUGUUAUUAGUCAAUUAGUGUUUAGCAUGUCCAUCACUUCCAGUGUGAAUUUUUUUUGCCAAAGUUUUGGAAUUAUUCAACUUUAUUGUCAUUGUUAACUUUAUUUACAGCGCUAAGGUUCGUGAGUAAAUGCUGCUUAGUUUCAGGCAAAUUUCUGGGUCAUGUGUUGACGUGAUUGAAUCCUUGUGUUCACUGCACUCAGACUGGACCCGACAGGUGAAAAAUUUUUGUGAUGAGAUGGAAAGUUUUUAGUUUGCUAUGUUCUGAAUUACAUAUCUUUUUAGUUCUUCAUUUGUUCAUAAGUUGGGAUUUUUUGCCGAA